AUGGAGACCGCAGUGUUCACCUGCUGUCUCCUUUUUCUUUGGUUCAGCCCAGCUGUUCCCAUGUGUUUACCCACUGACUUCACCCUGUAUGUGGAGAGGCCAGAGUGUAAUUUCUGUGUGGCGAUCAACACAACCAUCUGCAUGGGAUUUUGCUACUCAAGGGACAGCAACAUGAGGUAUAGACUCGGCCCACGCUUCCUUAUCCAGAGAGGCUGUACCUAUGACAAUGUGGAAUACCGCACAGCCAUACUGCCCGGCUGUCCUAUCGCCGCUAACCCCGUCUUUACCUACCCAGUGGCUCUCAGCUGCCACUGCGGUGCCUGCAGGACUGACAGCGAUGAGUGUGCACACAGGGCCAGCGUGGACGGAGCUAGGUGUACCAAACCAGUGACACGUAUCUACCCGUACCCUGGCCAGAGCAACUACAUGAUCCCUUUCUGA